AGAGAACAGAAUAGGUUGUGUAUGCUUCGUUUUCCAAAGGUUGUGUGUCAGUGAAGUCCUUUCCCUCAAGUUCACAUUCCGAAAACUGAAACUUGUACCAGUCAACAUUAACCAUGGACGAAGCUGAAUUUCAACGCCUCCUUCACCUCUUCCCUUCUGUUCGUUCUCGCGAUUACACUGAAGAAGAAGAAUCAUCCAAACAAUUAGCAUCUGGGUCUGGAUCUCAAUCAGCACAGGAAGAGUUAAAUGAAUGGCAUGAUGCAUGGAAUGAAAAGGAUAAGGAUUUUGAGAAUCAAGGAAUCAACAAAAACGAUUCAUUUUGGAGCAAGCUAAAGUUAGAGGCUGCCAAAAAGGUUGGUACAGAAGAAGCCGAGAAAUUUUGCCAGGCAUUCCAACAAAUCCAUAAAAGACUGGUAAAUGAAGAGUUGAGUUUAGACGUCGCCCGAAACUUGUUAAACUCGUCCUAAUGUUGCGAAGAGUUUCAAGCUUUCUUUCAAUAUUUCCCUGUGAUUCAAAAUUCAGCCAUUGUAAUUCAUUUUCAGUGUAUCAAAGUAGUUGUCAAUUUACUUAUUGUGACAUUUUGAGUAAAUCUAUUAUGGGAAUACUAGACAAUGAUUGUAUUUGAAUAGUAGAAUGUAUCAUGCAAAUGUGGGAGUUUCUUCUCA